CUGGACAGAGUCUGUAGAAGGUUAAAUGGAUCGAUGCGCAAACUAAAGAAAGGAAAAAGAGCCUCGAGUCUGGGAGCAGAUUUAGUGACCAUUUAUCGUCUCCUCCACAACAUAUUAUCCUCAUCACCACAACGAGCGAAGCGUCUGUAACAAAUGGAUAAAGUAAAGCUGGAAAGUUUGACGUUAAUUCGACCUGCACUGAAAUAGAGUGGGAAAAAGAGUGGAAAACAUACCGCUUUACGACAGAGGACAGUUUACACAGAAAGAUGCAGGGAAUCCCAGCAACCGACCUCUCCUCCUCGCUCUUACAGUAUUCCUGUGGAUCAUUGGAUUUGGUGUGUAAAAAGACAUCUUCACCGCUUCCCAGAUCAUGUCACAAACACUUUGUUGGGAAGUCGUGCCAAGAUCCUUCAGCUGCACCGAGCAAGCCAGCAUCCCAGAGACCUCAAGUGCCCCCUAAGCCCAGAAAUCUUCAGGCUUUGCGGCAGGUCAAGCGACAACAGCAAAUCCCUCCAGCGCCGUCUCGCCCUCUCCCAAUCCCUCCACCCAAACCAAAACCCCGCACAUCCAAGCAGCAAGAACAUCCAACCAAGAGUGUGUGUCUCCUCAUUGAGAAGUUUGAAAACUCCAGGGCCCCAAUUCUGGGAGUCCAACCCAAAAGCGCCCUCCGGUUGCAUCUGAGGAUGGAGGGUCCGGCGCCUGAAAUCACAGAGCAGCCUCAGUUUACUGAGUCCGAAGAGAACGACUCUGGGAACACGUCCUCCGUGGAUGAAAUUGCAUUUAAAAAGGAUAUGGAAUUGCCUGCUUUGGACAUUUUACGAAUAGACUGCGUCCACGAUGCAGGCAGUCAAGAUAAACUUGACCAAAAGUGCCACAGUGGGGAUUUAGACAUUAAACACAGUGAUUCCUAUGAUACCCACAACAAUGCAGAGCACACAGUUGAAGACAUAGAUCACAACGAUAUUGACACAGGACCUGAUGCCGGACGUUUAAUAGGCGGCCCGUGUGCAGGACAGGUUAACAAUGGGACAGAAGCGAAUGGAAAGGUCCCAAAUCGCGACAGCGGAAUAGACAGCCCGUCCUGCGGAGCCGAGGGAGAGGCGUUUCCAAACGAGGUCCCCAUCGAAGAGGAAGAAAGAAACGACAGCAUAGGUACAGAAACAGAGAGCGUGUCCUGCAUCACCACUAGCAAUAAGCGGGACUCAACACAGGACGAAGAUAGCGACUUGGAUGAAGGAAGCAGUGAAGAACCUGAGAACCAAGAAGUCAAAGGUUUGCAGUCAGAAUCUCAGAAGCUGUUGAACAUCGCACAAGAACUCCUCCAUACAGAGGAAGCUUAUGUCAAACGACUCAACCUGCUAGAUCAGGUUUUCUGUACUAAGUUAACAGAAGCAGGGAUUCCCACAGAAGUGAUUAAUGGGAUCUUCUCAAACAUCUCCUCCAUCUACUGCUUCCACAAUCAGUUCCUGCUGCCAGAGUUACAGACAAGAAUUACACGAGAGUGGAGCACAAAUCCACGUAUAGGUGAUAUCCUACAGAAGUUAGCUCCGUUUAUGAAGAUGUACGGGGAAUACGUCAAAAACUUUGACCCUGCAAUGGACUUGGUUAACACCUGGACCCAGAGGUCAACCCAUUUCAAAAGCGUGGUUCAUAAUAUCCAGAAGCAGGAUGUGUGUGGUAACUUGACAUUGCAGCAUCACAUGUUGGAGCCAGUGCAGCGUAUUCCUCGUUAUGAGCUCCUCCUCAAAGACUACCUAAAGAAACUGCCCAGUGAAGCACCAGAUAGGAAAGAUGCAGAGAAGGCUCUGGAUUUGAUCUCCACAGCAGCUAACCACUCUAAUGCUGCUAUUAAGAAGAUGGAGAAGAUGAAUAAGCUGCUGGAGGUGUAUGAGCGACUCGGUGGGGAAAUCGAAGAAAUCGUUAAUCCAGCUAAUGAACUUAUCAAAGAGGGUCAUAUAAAGAAGAUGUCUGCUAAAAAUGGCACAGCUCAGGACAGAUACCUCUACCUGUUCAACAACAUGUUGCUGUAUUGUGUGCCAAAGUUGCGACUGAUGGGACAGAAGUUUAGCGUCAGAGAGAAAAUUGACAUAGCAGGCAUGGAGGUUCAGGAGACUAUCAAGCAGAACCUUGCUCAUGCUUUUGCCAUCAUUGGCAAGCAGCGGUCUCUCGAACUGCAGGCCAGAAAUGCUGAAGAAAAGCAGGAAUGGAUCCAGGUAAUCUUGGCCACAAUAGAUAAACAAAAACAGAAAAGUGAGACGUUUAAUAAAGCCUUCAACAUCUCCUUAUCCCGUGAAGAUGAACACACACCUGACUCACCGAGUCUAUGGAGUAAUGCAUCUGUGGAUUCAGAUGGAGGUGUGAAUGAAAGGAGGAGUUCAAAGAAAAGAGAGAAGGAGAGAGAGACUUGUAAGGGCUGUAACGAAACUUUUCACUUCACAAAACGCAAGCACCACUGCAAGAACUGUUCAGCGGCUGUCUGUGGUAAAUGCUCGAAGGUGUCAGAGACCAAAAACACACGCGUGUGUAAGCAGUGUUUUGAAGUCCUGCAUGGCCUUGAUGGGACGCCAGGGGGCAACGUUGAGCAAAAGAAAAAAAUAUUCGUAGAGAAGCAGCUCUCCUUGGCAGAUGACAUUUACGUACUAUGCAGCUACCUGCUGGUUCAGGAGAAGGGAAAGACCUGGACUAAGACCGGUGUGGCCAUAAAAAAAGCAGAACCACUAACACUUUACCUACAAACCACCAGCCAGGAUGCACAAGGAGCCCGGACCAUCUCUCUACCUGGUUAUGAGGUCAACAUGUUAACACCCUCAGAGAAGUCAGAAGCCAAGCAUGUGUUCAGUCUCAGCCACUCCCAGCAUGCACUGCUCUUCAGUGCCCCGGAUGUUGAAAUAAUGGACAGGUGGGUGGAGCUUCUGUCACUCGCUGUAAAAGGGGAGGCUUUGGAGACAUCAUUAAGCGUGACAGAACACCGUAAGAGCCGAUGAGAACAAGGCAUUGAAGCAACAGGGCUUUUUACUUGAAUUCACAUUCAUCAGCACUUUUUUUUAAACUAAGUUUUUAGUUCUUCUUUACUAUUUUACCUGCUCCUUUCACAUAAGCACAGGACAGGAUGCAUCUGUACACAUACAUAUGCACUGUUCCAACUCCUCUGCCACUGUUGUUCUGGUGUGUGGCUGGUUCCCAAAUGCACUGUUUCAUUUUAUUACCAAGAAGAUUUUGUAAUGUAAUAGAUAAGUUUCUUGUGAAUUUAUAUGAAUUAUUAUAAGUCAAACGAUUUUAUGAUAUCGUUAAAGCGUUUGUGCAAAACUGUUCUUACUUGUUUAGCAUUAACUCACCUUCACCUUUGCUAAAAUACUUCAACCAUUUGUGUCACUGUGCAAUUAGUUGUGGGUUUCAUUUUUUUUUAUUUUUUUUUUGUCUGCACGCCGUGUUAAGCUCCUGCAACAUAAUGUGGCUUUGUAGCUUCUUUUUGAAGUUACGAAAGAGGAACCUCUGUUAAAGUAAGAUGAGUUUGUGGAUCACUGAUUUAUUCUACUGUAAUGUCAUCUCAUUAGAAGUUUGUUUUCCGAACAUGACCUUCGUGUUUCACUCUUAUUCUUUAAACAUUUUUUCACCCCUUCAGUAAACCGGCAGGAUUUGUACUGUACUGUAAAUACUGUAAGCCUUAGCUGUGCUUGAAGAUGUAUCUCAACAUGCUUGUAGUAUCCCAUAUUUAUAAUUUAUGCUUUUAAAAUCCUUGCAAGUAUUUGUGUCUCCUGAACAUGGAUUUUAACCUCUACAGAACCAGGAUCAUUGUAUUUUUAAACAAGAAGUGUUCACAAAAAGGAAUUGUGACUAAAGUAUCAUCCCAAUAAAAUAACAUCUGGUUUCAGUGUCUCAUCCUUUA